UCGGCCCCUCAUCUCGUUCUCUCAACAACCACCGUCCCUCGGCUGCUCAUCGCCGUCCUUAUCGACGAGCAUUUCGUUUCUACUCAAUGGCAUUACGACACUAUACCGUCAGCUAUUGCUGCAUAGGACUAAAGAACCUUACCGCAUUGUAGUGCGGCUCCUUUCGCCGCCGUAGCUGAUUCCAGCACUCAAUUACGUCACUUACCACUCAGCCAGUGAUGUCAUCAUGUCGUACACUGUAGUCCACGUCACAGCCUCCGACUUUUCGCAGCGAAACCAAUCGGUCGUCGAGAGAUUAAAGCCGUACUUAUUCAUCACGUUCGUGAUUCUCGCCUUAGGAGUGCCUCUGCUGAUUGUAUUCCAGCCAACUCCCACGGUGCUUCCAAUUGACGCUGCCGCUUCCCCUUCCGCUUCCGCUUCCGCCGCUUCCGUUUCCGCAUUGAGUUUCGAGGCGUCUCAAAACUCGACCGACGCUGCUUCUUCCGCAUCCUCCUCUGCUGUAUCCUCGCUAGAAGCCGGCCUUGUUAAAGGCGUUGGCAUUGCGUGGUCGCUAUGUCGAGCCGAGGCUGCUUAUUGGGCUGACAUUGACAGGCGCAAGGCAGCUCAUAACGGGGACCAGUGGCCCAUGGACGCCUACGACCUGCCGUCGCUGCUGCUGUCUGUGCUCAUGCCCACGUACCCGUGCCCAGCCGAGGAGCGGGUGGGGGCGUGGGGGGAUGGGGGCAAGUGGGCGUGCCUGCUGCCGACCGCCAUUCAACAAGACCCUGUUGUGUACAGUGUGGGCAGCAACGAGCAGUACGACUUCGAGCAGGCCAUCAGCGCAGUACUGCACACUGAGCCCUUCACCUUUGACCCGUUCCUCUCCCCAGAGGCCACCGCGCGCAUGAACGCCCUCCCCUUCCUCCACUUCAACCAGAUUGCCGUCGCCGGAGCAGCCAGCCUCAAGGACUUCCGGAUGAAGAGCCCCGGAAUCACUUUCAUGACUUUAGCAGAAGUGAUGGCUAAGCUCGGCCACAAGUAUGUAGAUGUGCUCAAGAUGGACUGCGAGGGGUGCGAGGAGAAUUUUAUCAUGGGCCUGAAGAAAGAGACGGAGGAGUUUGUCGGGAGGAGGAAGGCGGAGGGAGGAGCGGUGACGGAAGAGGAGAAGGAGGGCAAGCGGCGGGGUAGGGGGGAUGCGAAGCUGGUUGUGAACGGGGGGAAUCUGCCGUUUGGGCAACUGCUGGUGGAGUUCCACUACAUGCACGACCCCAAGCGCUCCCUCCCCUUCCUCUAUGCCAUGGAGGGCAUGGGGUACCGCAUGUUCCACGUGGAGCCUAACCCCCUCUGCUACUCGUGCAUCGAGGUGGCUUUUGUUCAUGAGGACCUGGUAGUACCGCCGCUAAGCCUCGACUGCUCGGCUGUGCUAAGACAGUCUCCCGUGUCAGAGUAUGUGGCGAGAUGGUUGCCAGGAGGAGGAGGUGGGAAAAACAGCAACAAUGGCAGUACCAGCAGCAGCAGAAGCAGCACAGGGACUGGUGGGGGUGGUGGUGGUGAGGGUGGUGUGUAGACUAACCUAGCCCAACCCCCUCUGCUACGCGUGCAUCGAGGUGGCGUUCAUACAUGAGGACCUCGUUGUGCCGCCGCUAAGCCUCGACUGCUUGGCCGUUCUCAGGCGCUCUGCCGUGUCAGAUUAUGUGGCAAGAUGGUUGCCGGGGGGGGGGGGGGAAAGCGGAAGUAGCAGCGGCAGCACCACAGGCACUGGUGGUGGUGCGGGUGGUGGUGAGAAGAUCACCUCAACCAAGCAUCGUGUUUAUUGGUUCGAAGCUAGCACUUAGCACACAUGUUUUGUCAACUUCCUAUAGUAGAUAUGUCUUUCUUCAAAUAAAUGAGAAAGAAAUGA